AUCGCGUCAUUGGCAAGCAAAACAUUUGGACAAUUGUCGCGAAUAAUCACCAAGACACACCUAUGACGGACAUCGAUUGGAAUGAAAUGGAGGGACUCUUCUGUCUGCAGUCCACCAGCGCACAAGGUUCGCCAAAAUUGGGACGUGAGAGCAGCAGUAGCUCUGGCUAUGAUACGCUCGAUCGGAAAUCGAAGAAGGAAAGUACGGAAAUAACGCUGUUGGAUGGUAAACGCAGCCUGAACGUAAACAUCUUUCUUAAGCAAUUUCGAAGUUCUAAUGAGGAUAUCAUACAAUUAAUAAGAGAUGGCGAUCACGAUGACAUCGGCGCUGAGAAGCUGCGUGGUUUAUUGAAAAUACUUCCCGAAGUCGAUGAAUUAGAUAUGUUGAAAACUUUUAAUGGCGACAAAAACCGUUUGGGUAAUGCGGAAAAGUUUUUACUGCAGCUUUUGGAAGUUCCAAAUUACAAGCUACGUAUCGAAAGUAUGCUGCUGAAGGAGGAAUUCGCUGCGAAUAUCAGCUACCUGGAUCCAUGCAUCAACGCAAUGAUUUAUGCUGGUGGAG